AGUACGGCUCAUCUCCCCACGAUCCCCCUCCUCCUUCCCCCAUUCAUCUUCUUCCUCCCGAUCCCCCCCUUCCCCUUCCCCUCCCGGAUCCGACCCCCCGCCGCCGCCGCCGACCAUCUCCCAUGUCGAAGUACGGCACAAUCCCCACCUCCUCCUCCUCCUCCUCCUCGGGGGCCGCGCCGCCGCCGCUCCCACUCGGUGGCGGCGGCGGGGCCUCCCCGCUCGACUUCUUCUCCCGCGCCAAGGCCCGGGGCGCGACGGCGCUGGCCACGCGGCGGCCGUGGCGGGAGCUCGCGGACCCGCACGCCCUGGGCCUGCCGCCGAGCCUCGCCGACGCCUACCUCCGGGUGCGCGCCAACCUCGCCCACUACGCCAUGAACUACGCCAUCGUGGUCCUCGCCGUCGUCUUCCUCUCCCUCCUGUGGCACCCGGCCUCCCUCAUCGUGUUCCUCGUCUGCAUGGUCGCAUGGCUCGUCCUCUACUUCCUACGCGACGAGCCGAUCGUGCUCUUCGGCCGCGUCGUCGGGGACGGCGCCGUGCUCGCCGCCCUCGCCGCCGUCACGCUCGUCCUCCUCCUGCUCACCGGCGCCACCGCCAACAUCGUCUCCUCGCUGCUCAUCGGGGUCCUGCUCGUUGUGCUGCACGCCGCGCUGCACAAGGCGGAGGAGAACGUCGAUGAUGAGGUCGGCCGCUGGUACACGCCGGUGCCCCCGCAGCCGGCUCACUAGUUCGAGGUUGCCUUCCGAUUCUUCAUUCUUGGUCCAUUCCUACAAAUGAUCUGAGUGUGUGAUUCACGCAGAACUGUGCUGUCACACUGCAUUGUUUAUUCGAGCCGUGUCAAGUGAGCAUUGUUAAGUUCGGUCUGGGGCCGGAAGAGCUUUUUCAUUUCAGAUGGCGACUGGGCGUGUUUCACGCGCUGCUGGCUCCACAGGAAGUCUUGGAUCCGAUCCAGCGAUGAUCCAGGGCUGUGAAUUGCAGCGAAUCCCUCUUGUUUAUCCAACUUUUGUCAACGUUAUGCAGCCUUUUCCCCUUGUUUUCAUGUACCAAAUUGGUAGAGAGAAAGUAAAAACUAGACUUGAUUCAGGAGUUGAGAAUCAAUGCCCUGUUACCUGUGUGUGAUUUCUUUGUGCUCCAUAAUAACAACGAUCUUGUCUCGCAGUUAA